AUGAUAGGGAAAGAAUUGGCAGAGGGAUCAUCAAGAUCCCCAAGUGAUCAACCAACACCGAGCAGGUAUGAGUCACAGAAGAGAAGGGACUGGAACACUUUUGGCCAGUACUUGAAAAACCAGAGGCCUCCUAUCUCACUAUCACAGUGCAAUAGCAGCCAUGUUCUCGAUUUCCUUCGAUAUAUGGAUCAGUUUGGCAAGACUAAAGUUCACUUGCAAGGUUGCAUAUUUUAUGGGCAGCCCGAACCGCCAGCUCCUUGUACUUGCCCAUUGAGACAAGCUUGGGGGAGUCUUGAUGCACUCAUCGGAAGGCUUCGAGCUGCCUACGAAGAGAAUGGAGGCUCACCUGAGACAAACCCUUUUGCUAGCGGUGUGAUUCGUGUUUUUCUGAGGGAAGUCAAAGACUGUCAAGCCAAGGCGAGAGGUAUUCCGUACAAGAAGAAGAAGAAGAAGCAGACAGACCAAAGCAAGGAAGAUGAUGAAUCAAAUUCUACGAUGAACUAUUGA